AUGAACAAUUUCCUCCAAGAUCAAUUUAAGAAAUUCCCGCGGGGGCAAACGCAACCGUGGGAAGUUGGAACCAAACCAGAAAAUACGAAAAAGAAUCGAUACAAUGAUUUGGCCGCGUAUGACUCUUCCCGAGUGAAGCUGGAUCUUCUUCCUGGCGACGAAAACUCUGACUACAUCAAUGCCAACUACGUUGACGGAUACGAACGUCCAAAGGCGUACAUUGCGAGUCAAGGACCAAUGGCGAGCACCGUUGAUGACUUUUGGAGAAUGGUGUGGCAGGAAAAAGUGUCCUUGAUCGUGAUGCUUACAAAUCUUACUGAGGAUGGAAAAGUUAAAUGCGAAAAAUACUGGCCCGACGCCGACCAGGAAAGCAAAUUUGGCCGUUUGACUGUCCGCAAUAUGAGAGAGAAGAUCAACGCCGAUUAUGUUUCAAGAGAUCUAUUAGUUAUUCGGGAAAAAACGAAGAAAAUCGUACAGCAACUGCACUACACAAAUUGGCCCAAUCACGGAGAACCACUCUAUCCGCAGUCGAUAGCCAUUUUCAUGGAAAAAAUAACUCACCGCAACGAAUUGGCCCCGAUAUUGGUGCACUGCAGUGCUGGAGUCGGAAGAACUGGCACUGUGAUUUUGAUUGACGCAUGCCUUAAAAUGGUUCGUUCGCGCGGUCAACUCGAUGUCGUCAGCUUUUUCUCGCAGAUGAGGAAACAGAGAGCCAGUCUGGUUGACGCCCUGGAACAAUUCGAAUUUGUGCACCUGGUUCUCUUGGAAAGCAUUUUGAACCCAAAGUUUGAAAUCAACUGCGAUAAUUUUUCUGCCGAAUACAAACACCUUACGAGCAACAAGAAGAUCAACGAGAAUUUUGAUUUACUCACUGAAAUUUGCAACAAAGACUUCCAAAGGGCUGACAAACCGGCUGAGAUUGAAGCCAUUAAGUGCAGAUACCCUGAUUAUAUUUCAACAUCGAGCGCCAUUGUUUCGCUCUUCCCCUACGGAGAUGUCACGACGAUGAAUUUCAUAAACGCCGUUUUCGUCGACGGAUACAAGCGGGCAAAGCAGUUCAUUGUUACCCAAGUGCCCAUGAAAAACACCGUCUGGGAUUUUUGGAGGAUGAUUGACCAGUUCAACGUCAAGCAAAUCAUCGUCCUCAAUGAGUCGCACAAUUCUUACGGGGUUUUCCUUCCCACAAAAAAACGCAAGCUCGACUUCGAUGAAAUUGAAGUCGUUUUGGAUGACAUCGACGAAGAAAAAUACGUGAAGAGCCAUGAAAUCACACUGAAUGCUCGUGGAGUCUGCAAGAAAGUAAGUGUGAAAUUCGCCUUACUUGGUUGGAAAUCAGACGCAGACGCUCCACCAAACUUGGAAUCGGUCAUUGAACUCUGGGAAGAUUUAAAAAUCUCUGGUGGAAAUGACAUCGUUACGAUUGCCUGCCAGUGA